UCCAGUGGGAGAGAAAGAUAAAUUUCCUGGUCAUAUGACUGUGGAGAAGCCUGCAUUAUUUCGGCGUGUCAUAAAGUGUGCUCGUAUGAGCCGUCUAGGCUAGAUUUAGGAAGUAACCGCAGUUUGUAUCGCAGUACAAGAAUCUUUACACUCAUGACGCGCUAGCGCUAAAACUGGGCGACAUUUCAAAAGUUUAGAGAGAACUUCGAGUACGUCACACAAUGCGAAAUCCGGCAUAUUUUUUAAAAGUAGUUCUUUGGUGUGCAGUUGUUCGAGAGUCGUAUGCAUGGUACAAUUAUCAGCAGGGCUUGGAAACAACCCCCUUACCGUAUGCAACAGCAACUCCACCACCAAACUCGGACACCACAUUAGUUAACCAGCCAUACUGGUGGAGUAAGGAUGAUGGCCAAUACGGAUGGACGACUACUCCACCAUCUGACUGGAACACCACAUCUGAGCGACCAUAUUGGCUGAGACCCACUGAAUCUCCAUCCUGGAGGAGACCCUAUCGGCGAUAUGGCUGGGGUCCAACUGAGCAACCAUACUGGAUGAGACCUACCCGAGAGUCGUACUGGAUGAGAACCACUGAAUCUCCAUACUGGAGGAGACCCUAUCGGCGAUAUGGCUGGGGUCCAACUGAGCGACCAUACUGGAUGAGACCUACCCGAGAGUCGUACUGGAUGACACCCACUGAAUCUCCAUACUGGAGGAGACCCUAUCGGCGAUAUGGCUGGGGUCCAACCCAACAGCCCUACUGGAUGAGACCCACUGAAUCUCCAUACUGGAGGAGACCCUAUCGACGAAACUGGUGGGAUCCUACCCCGACACCUUAUUGGCAAGCCCCACAUAUCCCAAAGCCAAGCAUUCAUGUGUACAGGCAAGUGGAGAGUGAGAAAAAAGUGGUGGUUGCAUGCACCUACCUAAAGAAGACUAUGCAAAGCCAUUUCCAGCUGUCGGUGAAGGGAGCAUACAGCCAUACCUAUAGAGACCCAGAAUGCCUGUCGGGGAUGGUGUGUCUCUUCAAUGUUACCGUGCUUCCUCCUGUUUCUUUCACUUGUGUCCACAAAAUGACUGUGUCAGGAAGCUCAGUGGAUGUGACCAGUGAGCCUUACACAUACACUCAGGAGGUUGUGAAACAGCACACACUAUCAGGGUCUGUGUACUACCAAGGUUUUUCAGUCUUCAUUGGCCUCGGACUUUUAAUUAUGAUAACGGUGGUGAUCGUGACAACACUGAAGAGCCGACGGAAGGAUUCCCCCAAAAAAGCUGAGAUGAACUGCUAUGAGGAAGCUUUGACCAAACCCUUGAAUGAAGUGGAAUAAGUUUGGUAAAAAUGGUUAAUCUGCAUGUCUGCUAAUUCAACGGUCACAUUAUUGAUCUUUAAUGAGGAUUUAUCCACACAACGUCACAGUUUUUUCAUGGAAAAUAAUCAAAUAUUGUACAUGUGGAUGUACCUUAGAUUGUGGUGUUGCUUUAGAUGUCACUAUAGAUUUGAGGAUUGUUUGCCAUUGAACUGUAGAUUAAUAAGAAAUCAUUUCAUUGGUUGAUUUGAGCUUUAUAGAAGUCUUUUGUUUGGGAUUUUUGUGUUUCUUUUACAUUUUUUCAUUUGCUUCUUACAUUGAUUUUAACAUCUUUUUUUAAAAAGUUCUUUCCAUCAUAAUGUCAUAAUCAGAACAAUGACAUAAAUAUACAUGCACAAUAUUAAAUUCUUCAUGUUUCCUUU